AUGCCGGCUGCUAAAAGCGUUGCCGUUAUCGGCACCGGUCCAUCGGGGGCUAUUGCCAUUGAUGCAUUGAUGCAAGAGAAAGCCUUCGAUGUAGUCCGAGUCUUCGAACGGCAGGAAAAGGCCGGUGGAUGCUGGGUCUCGAGAGAUGACGAGCCACCUCGUCAACUCGACUUUGAUGGCAUGGCCGAUCGCACUACAGAUGCGCCGCUGGAGAUUCCUUCACAGUUACCUUGUCGGACUCCGGCAGUAACCCAGGAUCGCUACACAGACUCUCCUGUGUACCCCGGGUUGGAGACGAACGUGGAUGCGGGAGUGAUGUCUUAUUCACAAGAGCCCAUUCCCACUGUUCGCUCCCAGUGGUCAAUUGACCGACACGGUCCUGAAACUCCAUUUCGGCACCACACUGUCAUCCGGCAGUAUAUUGAGGACUUGAUCACCAAGAAGGGCUACACCGAUCUUGUUGAAUACAACACGACAGUUGAGCGCGCGCUCAAAGACCCAAAGACCCAAAAGUGGGUUCUCACAAUUCGCCGUAGAGAGAUUCAGAAUGGCAAGCCAUCUGAUUACUGGUGGGUUGAGACAUUCGAUGCUCUUGUAGUGGCUUCAGGUCACUAUGCCGUUCCAUAUAUUCCCGCCAUUCGGGGUCUGAAAGAAUUCGCUGCACGAUACCCACUGAGCGUUGAACACACAAAGCAUUACCGUGGACCAGAGACAUACCGAGGAAAGAAAGUCAUCACUGUCGGUGCAUCAGUCUCCGCAGCAGAUACAGCAGUCAGCCUAAUUGACAGCGCACAAACACCAAUCCACGCCGUAGUCCGUGGCCGGUAUAACGUCUUCUUCGGCGACGAGGCAUUCAGGCAUCCUAAAAUCCAACGCCGGGCACCAAUCUCACACAUCACCAGCGAGGAUCGUACAGUGCAUUUCGAAGAUGGAACAUCCGUCAGUGGAGUCGACCAUAUCAUCUUCGGUACAGGGUUCACCUGGACUUUACCUUUCCUGCCUGAUGUCCCAACCCGCAACAACCGUGUUCCCGAUCUAUACCAACACGUUUUCUACCGCCACGACCCUAGUUUGGUAUUCCUCGGGGCUGUCGGUGCUGGUCUCACAUUCAAGGUCUUCGAAUGGCAAGCUGUUGCUGCGGCGCGUAUCCUUGCAGGCAAAGGUGCGCUACCCCCGUUGGCGGAACAGGACAAUUGGGAGACGGACCGAAUCGCGAAGAAGGGUGAUGGACCAGCAUUCACGGUUGUCAACCCCGACUUCCGGGCCUAUUUUGAAGAUCUGAGACGCAUUGCUGGCGAGCCACGUGAGGGGAUGCCGGGUAGACGACUCCCUCCUUUUGAACAGAAGUGGGUGGAUGAUUUUGAUGCGGGCCAUGAGCGGAGGAAGAAGAUGUGGAGGAAGGCUAAUCGGGAAGCAAAACUGUAG